AUGGACGCAGAGAAGAUGCUGCAGCCGCCGGAGAACGGCGUGCCCCCGCUCACGACGUUCCAGGCGCCGCGGUACAUCGAGAAGGUCAACAAGCUGCUCGGCCAGCUCGCCCAGGACCCGUCGUCUCCGCGUCCCCCGUGGGACGCAGAGAGCCUCCCGGGGCUCCUGCACUCCCUCGUCCGGUUCAUGGACCGACACCUCGGCGCCAAGGCCCCGCAGGAGGACCGCGUGAUCCCGAAGAUCGCCUGGUCGAACUUUCUCGACACAUCUGAGGGCGGGUCCGUCAUGCUCAUGGCACCCAUCCUCGCCAAGGCGCUCAGCCCGCCCCCGAACGGCGAGGGCCUCGACCUCGACAUGCCGCAGAACAAGGAGCGCGGCCUGAAUCUCGUCAAAGAGAUCCGCCAGCUUUUGAUCGAAAGACGCCGGAUCAGGGCCCAAGCGAUUGGCUUCGAGGCGCGCGUGCCCGCCAAGACGAAACGCGAGCUCGAGGAUAAGAUCCAGUACCUCGGCGCCGUCGUCGUCCCCGCCGGCAGCAAGGGCUGCUCGCACCUGCUCUGCCCCGAGCCGGACAACGCCAUCCCGCCCACGGGGGUCGCCACGCGCGAGACGCCGGGCGACGGAGAGGCGCGCAUCCACCACAAGGGCCUCCCGGACUCGUACGACCGCUGGGUGCCGGAGGACGUCGCGCCGCAGCGCGAGAACACGUCCUCGACCGGCCGGCUCCCGCUCAAGAUCCGUGUUUCGUGGGUGACACAAUCCUUCUAUUAUAACGAGUGGCUCAAUCCUCUGGACUUCCUGGUCGCCGACAUGGUCGUGCCGGAGCCCGCCGAGCCGCCGCGCGCCGCGGACGCCGCGAAGGACGCGCCGGGCGCCACCGCGGGGCAGGCCAAGGACGCCGCUGCACCGGGCGCUGUUGCAAAGGAGGCUCCCGUGCAGCAGCCGACGCAGGAGCUGCAGGACCUCGUGGGCGAGGCGCUGGCCGAGGUGGGAUACGCGGACCGGCCGACCAGGACGCGCCACGACGCGCCCUCCGUGCCGGAGGCUGCGCUGGUGGUCAGCCUGAGUCAGGGGCAGCAGCGGGGGGUGCCCGAGGGGAUCCUGCACCCGGUCCUGGCGGCGGGGCUCGCGACGGAGGUGCCGGCGGCGAAGCGGCGGCGAACGGACGCGCAGCCGGCGCCGGAUGCCGCGGGACGCCCCCUGCUGCCCAGCGGAGCGCAGCACCCCCUGGGGGAGGUCCGGGUGCGCGGGGGGGGGGUGUUUAUGGUCCCGGCGUUCGCGUCGUGGUACCGGCGGGGCGAGGUGUCUGAGAUCGAGCGGCAGGGCCUUCCGGAGUUCUUCAGCGGGCUGUCUGCGUCGAAGGACGAGCAGACAUAUAUACAACAUAGGGAUACGAUGAUUUCUAGAUAUAUCGAGGGCCUGCGCGCGGGGCGGCCGCUGAUAUCGUUCGCGGACGCCAAGGCGGGCCUCGAGGGCGACGACGGCGGCAAGCUUCGCGUUUUCCGCUUCCUGGAGCGCUGGUCUCUGAUCAACACCCCCCCGGCCAGCCCGAGCGGGGCCGCGCCGGUCGGGUGCUCGACGGCGGUCCCGCCGGUGCCGGAGCCGCGCGGGUACCCGCAGUCGCUCUCGACGAACGGGCUGGACGCGAUUCUGCGGCCGACGGGCCUCUCGAGCACGCAAGUUGUGGCGGCACUGACGUCAGCCGCGGGCGACCACGCCGCGGCCGCGAGCGGGCUCACGACGGUCCUCGCGGGUCCAGACAUCGAGCCCUUCCUCCGCGCGCCCGGGUACGUCGCUCCGGAGCGCCGGUGCGCGGCGACGGGCGCGAAGUGCGGCACCGUACGCUACCGCAGCACCAAGUACGCGGACUGCGACCUGACGCCCGGGGCGUACGAGACGGGCCUGUUCCCGACGGGCACGAGCUCGGCGGACUUCGUGCGCGUCGAGCGGCGCGCGGGGCGCGAGGUCGAGGAUGGGGAGGACGCCGACGGCGAGACGGCGGAGUGGUCGCACACCGAGAUCCUGCAGCUGCUGGAGGGCGUGGAGAAGUUCGGGGACGAUUGGGGGAGGGUCGCGGCGCACGUGGGGACGAAGAACAUGUUCGAGUGCGUCCACAAGUUCCUGCGACUGCCAAUUGAGGAAUUAGUAACUCACGAGGCGCUGCACCUGGUGACCGUGGAGACGGCGGCGGCGCGGCGGGCGGCGGUCGCGACGGGCGAGGACGGCGCGGCGGCCGCGGAGCCGCACGUGUCGGCGGCGGCCGAGGCCGCUGCGCGGGACCCGUUGUCGGCGCUGCCGUUUGCGUCGGCCCCCAACCCCGUGAUGGCGAUGGUGAACUUCCUCGCGCUGCUGAUCGGGCCGAAGAUCGCGGCGGCCGCCGCGGCGCGCGCGCUGGCGGUGCUGGCCGAGGAGGCGGAGGGCGCGGAGGCCAGCGGCGACGCUGGCGCAGUGGCCAAUGGCGGGAACGCGGCGGGCGGGGGUGCCGCCGGUGCGGCGCCGCGGAUCCCCCCGAAAGCGGAGGUGCGGGCGAUGGCGGCGGGGCUCGCGGCGGCGGCGGCGCGGGCGAAGAUGAUGGCGGACAGCGAGGAGAUUGAGAUGCGCAGACUGACGAUGCACGCGGCGGAGGGCGUGUGCAAGCGGGCCGAGCUCAAGGCGAAGAUCCUGGAGGACCUGGACGGGCUGGUGGCGGCGGAGGUGGACGCGCUGGCGCAGAAGCGUAGGGAGCUGCUCAAGGAGCGGGCCGCCGUGCAGGCCCAGAGCAAGCAGGGGCAGGGUGGUAGGCAGGCGGGGGCGCGGCAGACGUGA